AUGGCGAGCGUGGAAGGCUCUUCGGCAGGCGGGGACAGUGCAUGCGGGGCGACUGCCUGUCUCUCCGAUGGGGGUCCAGGCGAGCUGUGCACCUCGAAGGCCGUGGCCUCGGGGAUGAGCCUUCUCGAUCGGCAAAUCGAACAGCUGCGGCGCUGCGAAUGCAUCCCCGAGCGAGAAGUGAAGGCGCUCUGCGCAAAAGCGAAGGAAAUCCUCGUCGAGGAAAGCAACGUCCAGCGCGUCGACGUCCCAGUCACAAUUUGCGGAGACAUCCACGGACAGUUCUACGACCUGUUAGAGUUGUUUCGCGUCGGCAAUUUCCUUCCGGAGACGAGCUAUUUGUUUCUGGGGGACUUUGUCGACCGCGGGUACUUCUCCGUCGAGACGUUUCUCUUCCUUCUGGCUCUGAAAGUUCGUUAUCCGGACCGAAUUACGCUCAUUCGCGGCAACCACGAAUCCCGCCAAAUCACCCAGGUUUACGGAUUCUACGACGAAUGCCUGAGGAAAUACGGUAGCAGUACAGUGUGGAGAUACUGCACAGAAGUCUUCGAUUACUUGGCGCUCGCAGCGAUCAUCGACGACCGCCUCUUCGCUCUCCACGGCGGCCUCUCUCCUGCCAUCUCCAGCGUCGACGAGAUAAGGUCCAUCGACCGCAAGCAGGAAGUUCCUCACGAAGGCCCAAUGUGCGAUCUUUUGUGGAGCGAUCCUGAAGACAUGCAGGGCUGGGGAUACAGCCCACGAGGCGCGGGGUACCUCUUCGGCGCCGACAUCGUCAAGGCGUUCUGCCACACCAACAACAUCGAGAUCAUCGCCCGAGCCCAUCAACUCGUCAUGGACGGAUACAAGUGGUGGUUCGGCAAGAAACUCGUGACGGUUUGGUCCGCGCCAAACUACUGCUACCGGUGCGGAAAUGUCGCGACAGUCAUGGAACUGGACGAGCAGCUCAACUACCAAUUCAAGACCUUCGAAGCGGCGCCGCCGGAGCGGCGCGGCAUCCCUUCGAAGAAGCCUCCGCCAGAUUACUUUUUGUAA